AACAGCAUGGAGACACAGCACAAUAAAAAGGUGUAAUUAAGCCAUUAAUUAACACUUGCUUCAAGAGGACCGCAGACACAAAGGAAGAAUCAGGUUGAUCUGGAUGGUUUACCAUCAACGCCUCAUGGUCAUCUGAAACAGAGUGUGACGAGGAGCGCGUGUCCCAUGUUGCAUUGAUGCCUGUGUGAAAUGCUGGCCUGUCUGCCAGGACCAGGUGACCUCACCCUCCAGCUUCUCUCCCACUCGCAGAUGAACACUGGACUUCAGAAAUGGGACAUUACACAGAAGAUGAGAUCCGCACAGUAUCCAACCCCAGCGGAAUUGGAUGCUUAUGCUAAGAAAGUCGCCAACAGUCCACUGACUAUAAAAAUCUUCCCCAACAGCGUCAAAGUUCCUCAGAGGAACCACGUCCGCCGGACAGUGAACGGACUGGACACCUCCGGCCAGCGCUACAGCCCCUACCCCUCUCAGGCCAGCUCCAAGGCGGGUCUCCUCGCCAUCGUCAAGGUGCCCGUCAAGGGCAUCCUCAAGGACUUUGACGGCAGCCGGGCGCGCCUGCUCCCCGAGGUCGUCAUGAACCCGUCGGGCGGGCCCUACGUCACGGCGAGCACUUUAAACCUCCCCCAGACUGUCCCGCACCCGCAGGGUCUCCCGCGACCCCAGGCCUUACCGCAGCAGCAGGGCUUGCCCCACCCACAGACAUUGCAGCAGCAGCAGCAGCCCCAGGGGCUCCGGCACCCAGUCGGCAUGGCCCAGCUGCCGGGCCUGCCGCAGUCCCAGGGCCUGCCCCGGGCACAGACUCUCCCCCACCCCCCCAGCCUGGGCCACCUGCCGCCCAGCAUCCUGCAGCAGCAGCCCCCUCUGCCGCCCCAGCAGCAGCAGCAGCAGCAGCUCCCGGGCCUGCAUGGGAACAGGAAGAUGGCGGACGCCGACGUCCCGCCCAACGUGACCGUGUCUACCUCAACCAUUCCGCUCUCCAUGGCCGCCAGCCUGCACCAAAACCGGCCCAACCUGAGCAGGAUCGUGCACCAGAUCAACCAGUUCUGCCAGGCGGGGUCCCGCGUCAGCACUACCUCCGUGUGCGAGGGGCAGAUCGCCAACCCCAGCCCCAUCAGCCGCAACCUGCUCAUCAACGCCAGCUCCCGGGUGUCCAUGCACAACCCGCCCUCCUGCGCCCACGGCUGCUCCGACAAGGCCGCUGCCGCCCCUGCCCCCGCCGCCAUCCCGCCGCCCAGCAUGGCCGCCAUCAGCCAGAUGCCCAUCUACCACGGCGACAUGAAGCAGCAGCAGCAGCAGCAGAUGCGCUCCUGGAACCAGCAUCAGCUCGCCCACCUGCAGCACGUUCCAGAGGGUGCCCCCCCGUGCAAGCAGCCGCCCCGCGAGCCGCCGGGAGGGCCCAGCUUCCCCUGCAAGGGCGCCGGCUACCUGCCCGAGCUGUGCAUGGGCCAGCCCUACGGCCUGAAGCCCCCGCUGGACAAGCCCACGCCCUCGCCCCCCGUCAACGGCAUGCCGGGUGCCGUCACCUACACCAACGGGCACUACUUUCAGCCCGUGUGGAACAGCAUCCUGCCCACGCCCAACAGUGACAGCUCAGGGUCUCAGGACCUGGCCAUGCCAUUCCACGGGGGCCCCGCGGGGGCCUCCAUAGACUGCGCCUCGGGGACACAUUACAGGGCUGGAGCUGGUUCCUCCAGCCAGACUAAUCUGAUGCAAACCGUGGAUUACUUGGGCGGGGACUUCCAGCCCCCCUGCUUCCGAGAUCAGAAUCUGGCCAUGAUGGGCAAGAUGCACAGGCCCCCAGUGAGCAGAGCCCCAGAGCCCGCUGACAAUAGAAAUGCUCAUAUCCAGCACCCAGGGUACAGAUAAGCUACGGCCUUGU